CCACACUAUGUUCCGGGGCUACAGGAUUCUCAUUGCAUGUGUGAAGUCAACGAAAUUAUCACCACAGUUGGAUCUCUACACUCUUUUUCGAAAAACCUGCGGACAGCAACGGCUGCUCAGCCGACUCAAGUGGACCGUCCUUCACCGACUCUCAUUCAGGUCCAGAGCAAGUGCAUUUCUUAUAUGAUACAAAAGUCCGCUGGCGAGGGGAACUCGCGACUUUUCACCCAUGCUACCAUAAUCACUGUCAACAAAGAUCGAGAUGUUUUCCUUGACGGAGCACUCCUGGUCUACAAUAAUCGCAUUGCCACCGUCGACAAGACCGACACUUUGAUCUCAAGCGUUGAUGAUACAACUGAGAUCAUCGACUGUACGAACAGAAUUGUCGUUUCCAGGCUUGAUCAAUACACAUGCACACAUGCACACAUGCACACAUGCACACAUGCACACAUGCACAUCUGGCGCAAUCAUUGUUGCGCGACCUAGCCAAGGAUCUUCCGCUCCACAGCUGGCUUUGUGACGCCAUCUGGCCCUUGAAAGCCAAUUAUGCAGAAGAAGAUGGUUACACAGCAGCUAUGCUUACAGUUGCGGAGAUGUUGAAGACUAGAACAACAUGCUUUUUCGAGGCCGUGUUAACGUAUCCAAGUGGGCUCGAGAAUAUAAUGAGAGCCGCGGAAGAGACGCGUAAGAGCUUGUUUGGCAAACUAAUCAAAGCUGUUGAAAGAAACCUCGACUUGAGUCUCAAAGACGCCCGAGAUCGCGAUGUGGAGUUUAUGUCGAUCGCUAGCGCACCUAAAGCUUAUCAGCAGCAUUAUGGCUCCUACGACGAUCGUAUACACAUGUGGUUCUCUGCAGGCAAACCGCGAGGAUCUCUUGUGUUUGCACAUACCGCUAUAGGCGAAGCAGCUCAAGGUCAUAACAUCGGCCUCAUCAUGCACUGCGCCGAAGCGCCCAAAGGCCUCUCUAUCUAGCGAAAUUCCUACGACUGCAGCCCCUUCCAGCUCUGCCAGACCGCCAAGCUGACAGGGCCCAAGAGCGUGUUCGCACACUGCGUGCACCCAGAUUCCGCAACAGGCGAUUUCGACAUCCUCUAUGAAAGCAAGAGCACGGUGUCGCAUAACCCAACAAGCAACCUCAAGCUCAACUCGGGAGUAACGCCAAUACCGGACAUGCUAGCCGCGGGCGUCAACGUUGCUUUAGGCACAGAUGGUGCGCCGUGCAACAACACAUACGAUAUGUUUCGCGAGAUGCAUCUGGCAUCCACCCUUCACGGCGGCGUCCGCGAACAAGUUGGCUUGGUCACUACAUACCAGGUCCUCGAGUUCGCUACCAUCAAUGGAACAAAGGCUUUGGGUUUGGAUCAGAUGGGUAGCUUAGAAGUCGGGAAGAAAGCGAACAUCGUUGUUGUGGCG